AUGCCUCCGGCCUUGGAUUUGAAGACCCGGGGCGCGAGCGUCCACGACAUCGCGCGGCGCCUCGGCGAGCUGCAGAGCGUGUCGCCGGAGAGCCAGCUCGACAUGGCCCGGAAGAUGGAGACGUCGUGCUUCGACGCGGCCAAAUCGGUGGAGGACUACAAGAAGAAGAUCGACAAGCGCCUGGCGAAGGCCGCCAAGGUCCUCGCCGCCGCGAAGCCGGCCGGCGCCGCGAAGCCGCGCGCGGCGUCGCCGCCGCCGCCGGGGCCGCGGCCCGCGGCGCCCGCGGCGCCGCAGAAGCGCGCCGCGUCGCCCGCGCCGCCGCGCGCGACGCCGACGCCGCCGCCGCGGGCGCCGACGCCCGGGUCCGGGCCGCCGGCCGCGAAGCGCGCGCGGCCGCCCGAGCCCCCGGCCGCCGCCGCGGCGAAGAAGCCCCGGGUCGACGCGGCCGGGGGCGAGGGCCUGGCCGCCUACCGCGCCGAGAUGCUCGCGGCCCACGGGCCCGUGCUGCGCUGGUGGAUCGGCGGGGCCGCCGCGGCGCUCGGCCCGUCGCUCGCGACUUUGCGGGCCGUCGAGACGGGCGGGGACAAGCUCGCCGCGUGGCUCGCGGGCGUCGACAAGACGCUCGCCGACCACGCCACCGUCGCGCGGAACGUCCUCGACGGCCUCGAGCGCGCCGCGCGGAAGCCCGGCGAGUCCGACGCGGCGUGCCUCGGCCGCCUCCGGGCGACGAUCCCGUUGUGGUUGUGGUGCGACAAGCUCGGCCAGCGCAAGGCGACGCUCGACGCCCAGCUCGGCGCCUGCCUGGAGCGCUACGCGCCGAAGACGCUCGCGGACGUCGACGUCGCCGCGGAGGUCGAGAAGCGCUUGGAGGACGGCGACGGCGUCCUCGCGCUGCCGCGCGCGCUUCCGGCCGUCGCGUCCCUGUCGCUCCACCGCUGCGGCGACUACGUCGCGACCGUGCCCUGCGACGGCUUCAGGGCCGCCGUCUUCCUCGACCGGUCCGGGCCGGACCGCUCCGUCGUCGACGUCGUCGUCAAGGCGCUCGAGAUCUCGGAGGCCGCGCCCGCGUCGCGGCACGCGCUCUGGCGCCGCGUCACCGCCGACGUCGACGCCGCCGUCCCGGACCUCCUGCGCGCGACGCCGCCGGGGCCCCGCCGCGAGCCGCGGCUCGUCGCCGCCGUCCUCGCGGCCGUCGCAAAAGCCAAGGCCGCGCGGCUCGAGACCGCGGCCGAGGACGACGGGCCGCCGCGCGACCUGUCGGGCCCGCGGCCGCCCAUCCCCGCGGGCGCCCCCGAGGCGUGCGUGCCGUCGUAA